GCAAGGAUAACGACGAGUCGGCAGUGGACUGUUGGGCAACUCCGGACAGAUUUGGAUACCAGGAAGAGUCAAUAGCAGAGCCAUUAGAACUCGCCAUCAUCGUCUCUCCAUCAGAGUCAUGCCCGACUGGGCAGGCAUGGCGAUCAAGGGGUGCUAAUUGAAUUGCAGGAAAUGUCAACCUCAGUCACGAGAACCAUCGCCGUCGCCGCCGCCGCCGCUGUGGCCGUUCUGGGGUCCAGCAUGGAAAAUAACUCUGCCUACUCCUACGAUACAUCCGCCGCGGACGUGCUCUAUCAGUGGAGUGCCAAUGCGGCGGCAGCCGCCAACGGCGGUGCUGCACGUAUCGCCCAUACCGUGCCGCCCUCAGUGGCGACCCUGCCCCCAGCGACGAAUCACGGGUCGAUGCAUCCCGCAGUCGGCAUGGCCAUCGGAAUCGGCAUCGGGCAACGCCUCGCUCCCAAUGAGACGCAGUUCGGACUGCUCGACUACGGGAUGAGCAGCAUGAACGACAGCCUGGACUAUGCCUCCUACCAGCAGCAGAUGGGCGAGGACGGGCAGUGCCGGCAGCUGGACGCCAAUGUGAGCUACUGGAACCUCACCUGUGACUCGCCCCUGGACUACGCCCUGCCGCUGUACGGCUACUGUAUGCCCUUCCUGCUGAUAAUCACCAUCAUAUCGAACACCCUGAUCGUCCUCGUUCUCAGCAAGAAGAGCAUGGCUACGCCGACAAACUUUGUGCUGAUGGGCAUGGCUAUAUGCGAUAUGCUGACGGUUAUAUUCCCCGCACCAGGACUCUGGUAUAUGUACACAUUUGGCAAUCAUUAUAAGCCUCUGCAUCCGGUCUCCAUGUGUCUGGCCUACAGCAUUUUCAACGAGAUUAUGCCAGCCAUGUGCCACACCAUCUCCGUGUGGCUAACUCUGGCCCUGGCCGUGCAAAGAUACAUUUACGUGUGCCACGCCCCAAUGGCACGGACAUGGUGCACCAUGCCGCGCGUGAAGCGCUGCACUGUGUACAUUGCGCUGCUGGCGUUCCUGCACCAGCUGCCCCGCUUCUUCGACCGCACCUUCCUGCCGCUGCAGAUCGAGUGGAAUGGGAACGAGACGGAGGUGUGCCACCUGGAGACGUCGUUGUGGGUGCACGAGUACAUCGGCAUGGAUCUGUACUACACGAGCUACUACCUGUUCCGGGUGCUGUUCGUCCACCUGCUGCCGUGCAUCAUUCUGGUGACGCUGAACAUCCUGCUGUUCGCGGCGAUGCGGCAGGCCCAAGAGCGCCGGAAGCUGCUGUUCCGCGAGAACCGCAAGAAGGAGUGCAAGAAGCUGCGCGAGUCCAACUGCACCACCCUGAUGCUGAUCGUGGUGGUGACCGUCUUCCUCAUCGCCGAGAUACCCAUCGCUGUCGUGACGGCCAUGCACAUCGUGAGCUCGCUGAUCAUCGAGUUCCUGGACUACGGCAUCGCCAACAUCUUCAUAAUGCUGACCAACUUCUUCCUGGUGGUCAGCUACCCGAUCAACUUUGGCAUCUACUGCGGCAUGUCGCGCCAGUUCCGCGAGACCUUCAAGGAGAUAUUCCUCGGCCGUCUCAUCGCCAAGAAGGACAGCUCCUCGAAGUACUCGAUCGUCAAUGGCCCCCGCACCUGCACCAACACCAACGAGACGGUCCUCUAGUAAUUAGUGAUGUUGGU